GCCUGGAGAAAGUCUUGCCUGAGCACUAGCUAGCCCUGCAAGCAUUCUCGGAUAUAACCGACACACACACAAUCGGAAAACAGCGGAGAAGGGGGGAACAUUAUGGCGACGUUGGGACCGGAGUCGGUUCGUCCUGCUUCUUCCCCGUCGAUCCAGACCCACCUCGGCAGCGCCAACCUGCCUCCCAACCGGGGCUUGGAGCGGGCGCUGGAGGAGGCGGCGGCCAGCGGCGCCCUCAACCUCAGCUCCCGAAAACUGAAGGAGUUUCCCCGGACAGCCUCGAACCACGACCUGACGGACACUGUGGAAGCAGAUCUUUCAAAGAACAGAUUGGCCGACGUCCCCUCAGAGGUCUGCCACCUGGUCGCCUUGGAGACGCUUAACCUGUAUCACAACUGCAUCAGGACCAUCCCAGACAGCAUCAUCAGCCUGCAGUCACUCACCUCCUUAAAUCUCAGUCGGAACCAGCUGGGCUCUCUGCCGGCCUGUCUAUGUGGGUUACCUCUGAGAGUCCUCAACGCCAGCAACAACAAGCUGGUCAGCCUACCGGAGACCAUUGGACAGCUGCACAGCCUCAUGGAGCUGGACAUCAGCUGUAAUGAGAUCUCGGCCCUUCCUCGCCACAUCGGCAGACUCAAAGCUCUGCGAGAACUCAACGUGCGCAGAAACCUCCUCUGCGUCCUGCCGGAAGACUUGGCUGGCCUUCCUCUGGUGAAGUUCGACUUCUCCUGUAACAAGGUGUCCACCAUCCCGGUGUGUUACAGGAAGAUGAAGCAGCUCCAGUCCCUACAGUUGGAAAACAACCCACUGCAGAGCCCACCUGCACAGAUCUGUAUAAAAGGCAAAGUUCACAUAUUCAAGUAUCUGAGCAUCGAGGCGUGUCGCAGCGAAAAGAUGCCCGACUCUCUCUACCUGCCCGUCAUCGAGCGCCUCAGCCUGUCACGGCCCACCACCGGCAGUGUGGAGGACAUGGAGCAGCAGAAGAAGCAGGACAGCGACUCAGGAGUCGGCAGCGACAACGGAGACAAGAGACUGUCUGCUACUGAGCCGUCAGACGAAGACAGUCUGAGUCUAAAUGUACCGAUGAGCCACAUCACAGAGGAGGAGGGGAUCAGUAAAGACGACUCGAGUGAACACAUCAGCUCCCUGACAGCUGAUCCAAACUCCGACUCGGUUCGUCUGAUCGAGGAGAGCCCUACGGAAGCCCUGAAGGACCAGUUCAGCUACAGAGACUCGGCUCUGAGCACUCGCUUCGUCAACUACAUCAAGGGUCGGACGGCAGCAGACUUUGACGAGCCUCUCAGGAUAGAAGAGGACUCGAACUGGCCGACAGAACAAAUGUCAAAGGUCACAGGGGGCACAGAGCUCCACAUCGACAUGAUCAACCAGCUGAAGGAGGCGGUGGAGCUGCUGCAGGACCCCAGCAGAGUGAACGCUGAACAGGAUGAUCUGUCUGGAGUUCAGCUCUACCCGGUGGAGCUGGUCAAUGUGGAAGAGUCACUCAAUGGGCAAGACAGUGAUGAUGGUGCCACCACACCGAAGCGACACGACAGAUCUCCAGCCAGCGGGCCUCCAUCCUUCUGCAGCCCCGUGUUCGGACUGAAGCCCCGCUCAGCCCCGCCCUCGCUGCCCUGCUCGCCCCCUCCUUCCUGUCUUGCUCCCUCCCUCCUCUCACAGGCCUCGCCCCUCCAUAGAGAUACAGCUCGUAGCCAUGAAGACGGAGGCAUGCACAGCCGCGUGUUCCUGCGGAGCCACAAGAGUCUGGAGUCAGUCGAUCCUCAGUUCACCAUGAGGAGGAAGAUGGAGCAGCUGCGAGAGGAACUGGAGCUCACAGAACAACUGCGAGAUAGCAUCGAGAGCAGACUGAAGGUCAACCUCCCUGAAGACCUCGGCUCAUCUCUGAUGGACGGCGUCGUUCUCUGCCACCUGGCCAAUCACAUUCGCCCGCGCUCUGUCGGCAGCAUCCACGUCCCCUCGCCGGCGGUGCCGAAACUCAGCAUGGCCAAGUGUCGGAGAAAUGUGGAGAACUUCCUGGAUGCCUGCAGAAAGAUCGGCGUUCCAGAGUCUUCCCUGUGUUCGCCCUAUGACAUCAUCCAGUGCCGCCUGCAGCUGGUUCGUGCUACAGUCCAGGCACUGGUUGCCUUUGAUACGACCUCUCCGGACAGGAAACGGGAAGAGGCGAUCUCAGCUCCAAGCCCCGCCUCCUCCGGGGUGUCAGAUACUCGCUCGUUGGUGUCCGUCACCACUCAAACCCCGCCUCCUGCCUGGCAAAUCUGGGACCUUAUUGGCUCGAGUCUGCUUCACGUCCUCUGCCUGGUUCUGCUGUUCGUGGCCUAUAGCUGGAGCGAGCUCACGUAACCGUGACAGCAGCCUUCUGUCAGUCACCUGCCAGCCCCGCCCUCUUUCUGCCCGGGCUACUCCUCCUUUUCUUUGCUGCAUUUAUGUCACACAGGAAAAGUCAUGCUCCAAAAUUAACCUGAAAUGUUCAUAGACAUUUUUUUUCUUAUGUUUCUCAAUAUUUCUGCCUGGUUUUCUUCAAAACAUCCAGCUCCUUAGAUAAAAGAAAAGAUAAACGUUUUCCGUGGAAGGACAACUAUAUAGCAUCAGAUUAGUGAGGCCGUGGUCAAUUAUAGAUCCCAUUUUAAAGAGAGAUUAGGUUUAUUUUAUCGGUGAGUUGUAAACUACAGCUUCAGAAGUAUUAUUUUUAUGUUUUGUGUUUCUGAGCGGAAGCUCUGGUUGAUGGAUUUAUAAAACGAGUUUUAUUUAAGAUUAAUUAAAAAGAAGGAAGGAAAGAAAGAAAGGAAGAAAGAAAGAAAGAAAGAAGAUGUAUUUUUAUAAGAAGAGAUUAUUAUUAUAAAAACACAUUCAAACAUUUUAUUGAUAUCAGUCAUUAUUCUGCUUAUUGGUCCGAUUCUUUAUCAGUUUCUUCAUUAAUUCCUGAUUAAUUUCUCUGUGUGAAAAAAAUUUGAGUCUGAACACUGUGUAGAUACAAUGAGAGAAUAUUUUAAUGUAAAAAAAAAAAGCAGUGGCACAAAUCAUAAGUGCCGUUCUCAUCUAUUUUCUUCUAAAUGGGACCAUUAUUUAUAUGUUAACAUCAUAUUUUCUAAAAGAAGAUGUUUUACUAGCAAUUGAGACCAUAGUGUAGCCACAAGAAUUUUUUCUGAGGUAAUAAAUCAAGUGAGAAGUUGACUCAUUUUGUACUGAGAUAGAUAGGACCGGAGUGCUUCCCUGCUGGAGGUUUGAAAGACUGCAGUCUGAAGGCACUUACUGGGCUUGCUUAACUGCUCAGACUGGGAGGUUGGCACCUGGUUCGGAGGAUUGCGAUUCCAAUGGAUUGGACAAAUACUAUCCACUUCUUGAUUCCUUGGACUCACAACACAUGACUGAUAACAGCUCCACUCCACUCUUCACUCAGACAGAAAGACUGACAGUAGCUUUUCUUUGACAUCAAUUUGAACAUGUAGUUACUAUUAAAAUUAAAAUUUGUGUUAAACAAAAAACUAAAGCAAACACCAUUCAAAAAACUACUUCCAUGACAGUUUAAUGAUCCCAUAUGGGAUUAAUAAAAAGUAUAUAAUCUUUAAACCACCACGUGACAUGAAUGCAGCAUCAGCAUGAGCCUCUCUCCUCUCCUUCUCCUCCCUGAUUGAUUUUCUCUUCUUGUCGUCCAAUUUUUUGAGGGAAAAAUCAGCUCAAAAACGUUUUUUUGUGUCUUUGCAAUAAAUUGAGCCCGAACCUCUCAACCGAAGGCGGACGUGUGGAGCAGCAGGUCACAGUCUCUGAGGUUUUCUCACCAUGCUGUGCAGCAGGAUAAUCAGAGAGUUUUGUAGGAACCAAAACAAAAAUGAAACAUUGUGCCAGUUUUCACAUCUUCUCCUUGACAAAACAAGUUCAGUUGUAUUGACAUUUUAAUGUAUUUAUAGAUGAAUAAUGUGCUGAGUGUGCAAAAAUAAUAGAACAUUUAGCAGCCUGGUGAAAUUUCAAAUUUCCCAGCAGCCAUUUGGCACCAUCAUGGAGGUCUGGUCUAGUCUGUAGCUGCAGGAUUUAUUUUUCUUUUUAGUUAUUUGAAUUAUGGACUGGUUGUUGAUCGUGUAGUUAUUCUCUAAAUAAAAAUAAAUGUUCUUAAAUGCCCUUUUCAUCUCAAGAAAACAUUGUGUUUACAUGCACAUGACUGUUAAAUCUGCUUCUUCCCAACCGAACCACAUUACUUAUAUAUGAACACAUGCAAAUACCAUUCCAAUAAACCAACACUGAUUUUAUAAAAUGGAAAUAAAUACAUAUAAAAGAGAGCCAUAGAUGAAUUUACUUUACUUUACUUAAAAUGUCGCAGUAAAACUUUUUUUCUGGCCAGUCGGAACCAGAAAACACAGCAAAGCUUAUCUUGGUGAUUUAUUCCAUUUAUUGUAAUAAAAAAUAAUAUUUAAAGGGUUCAUUAAUUGAUCAAAUGUAACAUAAAUUAAUAUUUGUUUUCAUUUGUUUCUACAUUUAAUUAACCUACUUUCCUAUUUAAUUUUCAUUUUUUAUUUAAUUUUAAUUAUUAAGUAUUUUUAAAUGUAUUUGUACAUUAUUUUACCUUUGCAUUUCCUUAUUUUCAUUUCCCUGAACUUAAUUAUUCCUGUAUCAUUUUCUUUAUGCAAUUCCUUGUUUUUCUUCUUCAUGGUGUCAAAAUAAAAUAAAUAAAGGGGAAAUUAAAUCAACACAUCAAAUUAACACAGAAAUAUCAAUUAAUGUCACAUUUUAUUAUCUAGUUAGUCUGUUGAAAGCCUAUUAUUAUUAUUUUUGGUCCAUUUAAUGGCGUUUUUCUUGUCUCAUCCUUUAUGAUUUAUUUAAUUAUUUACUUGUUUAUUUAUUCAUUCAUGAUUUCAUGAGGAUAUUUCAAGGAUCAGAAAUAGAAAAAUGUCCACACAGUUAUUGUGAGAACACAGAAUAAAAUCAGACCUCCAACAUGGACUCCAAACGGUUCAGCUGCAGCUUCUCCCCUCGUGUUUCUCUUCACUCCACAGAUAUGUGUUUAAUAUGAAUAAAAGGUGACGACCUGCACAUUUAACACAAGGCAGUUGAUGACUUGAAGUUGUAUUUUUAUAGUUGUUCCCAUAUUUCAGAAUAACUUGCCUGCAUAAAAAGCACAUGAUCCCUGAACGGUUCAGAGCUGCACAAAGACGAUGUGUGUGAUUAUAAAGUGAUGAGGAGCAAACGGAAGCCAUGUUAUAAUAAUUAUUCAUGAUUUGAAUUGUGUUAUUUUUGGUGUUAAUUUGAAUACAAAUUGUUAUUUGAGUAUCGAAAAAUGUGAUUUUAUUGAUUUAUUAUCUAUUUAUCCUCCUUUUCAUUUCAAACUGUAUCCUGAUAUGCAAUGUGACUGUUUUUGGAAACCUUUGAAGGGCUAUAGACACUAGAUGAGUUUAUGAAGUUAGAUAUAUAUUAAGCCGUUUGACAGGUAGGGGAGUAGAUUAUUGCUCUGUUUGUAAUGUUGACAGGAAUUUAAAACUGAGAAAUGUGGAUGUUUGCAGCUUCCCACUCCAGUGUUAAAAACAACACCAUAAUUUUGCAGUUUAAGUAGCAGAUUGUUGGAUUAAUUCACAGAAACUGAAUAAAUGCAAACGUUUUCACUGGCCUUUAAUCUGUGCAUGAACAGAAAUGCCUUGUAUUUAUCACACAACACUGAAGUGUUGGAUCGUUAUAUGUUAAUUUCUCUUAUUACGAAUGGGAUUAUUUGAGUUUUUCAUAUUCUGUGAAUUAAUUCUGGCUGUAAAUUUCUGUUGUUCUGUUGUGCAGCUGUUUGUUUUUUAACUGUGUGCUGAUGUGAAUGGAUUCAUGUAUGAGGAGGAUUAUUUUUAUGACUUGUGUAUGAUAUUUGACUGUUAAAAGACUGAGGUAAUAAAUGCAGUUUAGGGAUGUCGUCUAUUCGAUGGAGUCAUUGUUUAACUUUAGAAGAAACAGUCCAGCAGACAAACUCACAACUUGUUACAUUUCAGUUUUUCUACAGUUUUAACAGUAAGAACAUGAUAAUGUGUGAGCUUUAAAGGUGAUGGAAAAAUAGAUUUAUUUUAUUUUAUUUUUUUAUUUUUUGACAGACCACCCUGUCUUAAUUAUAUCAGAUGGUUGGAUGGGCUAUAGUGCUUUAGAGUAUAAUAAUACUGCAAUAUAGUAAUAGAUAGUAUAGUAAAAGAGGAUUUUUUUGUUUGUUUGUUUUACUUUUUUUGUCUUUUGUUUGUUUGUUUAAUUGACUUUCUAUAGAAAACACAAAAUGUUUUUUUCCCUUAUUGUGGUUAUAUAAAAUAUAUUUAUGGUGUUGUAGAUUUCU